GGCAGGCUCUCCGUGAUUGAAUCCAGCUGUUGUGGAAGUGCUCGGAGGGGGCCCGUCAAUUUGCAUUGCUAAAUAAUAAUGUGUAGAGCCGACGGAGCGGGGCAGAAGUGGAGCAGUCCAUUUUGAAAAAGGACCUGGUCCAUGCACCGAAGCUCCAGCUCGGAUCACACACACUGCGCUUCAUGCGAACGAAUUGGUGUCCGCGUUUGCGUAAAGACGCAUAGUUUGGAGCGCAGAGAAAAGAUCCCCGCGGAUAGAGAAAGGACAGUUUACGGGCCGUUUACAUCUUUGAACGCAACACGAUGUUUUUUGUAAUACUCGGCUUCAGGUUAUGCUCGUCAGUAAGGAUGUUGGCGGCGCUGGUGUCUAUUCUGCUCUGUAUCCGACCUGGACACGGACAGGGCUGCACAGAAGGUUUUGCAUAUGACCGCAGGGCAAGGCAGUGUAUAGAUGUGGACGAGUGCCGGACGCUGCCAGAUGCUUGCCGGGGAGACAUGCGCUGUGUGAACCAGAAUGGAGGCUACCUGUGCAUCCCGAGGACCUUGUACAACCAACCGUACAGACCAGAGACCCCGGUCCUGCCCGAGCCAGUUUACCCAGACACAUCGGUUGGAUUUCAAGACACUUUCCCUGCUGCUGCUGCUCCCAGAUCUGUGGAGCCCAGCUACCCCAGGGUGAGGGGCACCGCGCAAUGCCUGCUGGGAUACACUGCUGCAGAGGAUGGCAGCUGUAAUGAUAUUGAUGAAUGUGAGACCAACUCUCAUCACUGUAACCCCACGCAGGUCUGCAUCAACACGUCAGGUGGUUACACCUGCUCCUGCACUGAGGGAUACUGGCUCAUUGGUGGACAGUGUCAGGAUAUUGAUGAAUGUCGCUAUGGUUACUGCCAACAGCUGUGUGCCAACGUCCCUGGCUCUUACUCCUGCUCCUGUAACCCCGGCUUUAUCCUCAAUCCGGACAGCAGGACCUGUCAUGAUGUGGACGAGUGUGAAGAAGAGCCUUGCAGUCACGGCUGCUUCAACACUUAUGGCUCCUUUAUGUGCAACUGUGACGAGGGGUUUGAGUUGGCGGCCGAUGGCACUACUUGCAUUGACUUGGAUGAGUGCAGCUUCUCUGAGUUUCUGUGUCAGCACCGCUGUGUGAACGUGCCGGGCUCCUUCUCCUGCAUCUGUCCGCCGGGAUAUUAUGUAUUCGAGGACGGCAGGAGCUGCGAAGAUAUCAAUGAAUGUGACACUGGUAACAACACCUGUACAACAGCACAAGUAUGUUUCAAUUUCCAGGGAGGCUACACAUGCCUGAAUUCUUUACAGUGUCCCUCACCUUACAUCGAAGUUAGUGACAAUCAGUGUAUGUGCUCAGCUGAGAACCCUGCCUGCAGGGACAAGCCCUUCACCAUCUUGUACCGACACAUGGACAUGUCGUCGGGACGCACUGUCCCUGCAGACAUCUUCCAGAUGCAGGCCACCACGCGCUACCCGGGCGCCUUCUACAUCUUCCAGAUAAAGUCGGGCAACGAUGGCCGAGAGUUUUACAUGAGGCAAACCAGUAACGUGAGCGCCACUCUGGUGUUGUCGCGGCCACUCAAGGGGCCGAGGGAGGUGGUGCUGGAUUUGGAGAUGGUCACCGUCAACCACGUCAUCAACUUCCGAGGCAGCUCCAUCAUUCGCCUGACGAUAUUUGUUUCGGAACACCCGUUCUAAGUUUCUCCUUCACGCCACCCACUACCCAACACCCCCACCCCCACCACCACCAAACGAACUUCAUCAUUGUACCCGAACUCCGGAGCCGCUCUCGUCUCACGUGCAGCUGAUGUAAUGCUGUGACAGCUCAUCAUCACUUCUUUUGGUUGUUUGUUGUUUCCUUUUCAAACAUUAUGUCAUCCUCAGUCAAGACACGUCCGAUAAAGACUCAGCUGUUCUGCUGAUGGGAAGCAUCCACUGCGCUCUAGUCCCCGCCCUGGUAUAAUGGACACAGAGCUUUUAUGGCUUCAUUCUGUACACACACACACACACACACACACACACACACACAGGGAUAUUAAUGGUGUACAAUUUCUAACAUCCUCUAUUUAGAAAAUGAUGGAAACCACACUCACUGAAACUCAGUGUAUCCUGAGUGUCAGUGUGUUUUCUUUCUCUCCAUCUCUCUCUCUUGUGUUUUGUUAUUUUUUAAAAAUGUGUUUCCUCAGUUAUGUGUGUGUGUGUGCGUGUGUGCGCGUGUGAAUGUUCAUCCCUUCAGAUAAGCUGUGAAGAGUCGAGAGCUGUCGCUGAAUGUUGAGUGUCCUCUGAGCUCAGCAGCGUCAGUGAGCCCGUGCGACGCCGUGUCAUCGUGCAGUGUUUUUGUUUUUUUGAAAUGAUGUAACAAUCAGUCAUAAACUGAAUUAUUGAUCACUGUUUUCUUUUGGAACAAUAAAUGAUUUCACACACACACGUGA